AUGAAUGGCCUCACUGCUUGUCCUGGCAAGAGAAAGUACUCGUGUGAUGUUUGCAAUAAAUGCUUUACUUAUAGAAGCAGCUUAAUUACACACCAGCAGACGCAUGAGAAGAACAAACUUUACCCGUGUGACGUCUGCUACAAGUCGUUCAGUCAAAGUUGCAAUUUGACAACACAUCGACGGAUACACACAGGAGAGAAACCAUACGCCUGCGAUGUAUGCGACAAGUCGUUUGCUGAAAGUAGUUCACUGACGAGUCAUCGACGGACCCACACGGGCGAGAAACCAUACGCGUGCGAUGUAUGCGACAUGUCUUUCAGUCAAAGUGGCAAUUUGACAACACAUCGACGGACCCACAAGGGUGAUAAACCAUACGCGUGCGAUGUAUGCGACAUGUCUUUCAGCCAAAGUGGCUCAUUUACGUGUCAUCGACGGACCCACACAGGAGAGAAACCAUUUGCUUGCGAUAUAUGUGACAAGUCAUUUGUUAAAAUGUAUACAUUGAUGAGUCAUCAACGGACCCACACGGGUGAGAAACCAUACAUAUGCGAUGUAUGCGAUAAAUCAUUUGCUAAAAUGUGUACAUUGAAAACACAUCGUCGGACCCACACGGGCGAGAAACCAUACGCGUGCGAUGUAUGCGACAUGUCUUUCAGCCAAAGUGGCUCAUUUACGAGUCAUCGACGGACCCACACAGGAGAGAAACCAUUUGCUUGCGAUAUAUGUGACAAGUCGUUUGCUGAAAGUAGUUCAUUGACGAGUCAUCGACGGACCCACACAGGAGAGAAACCAUUUGCGUGCGAUGUAUGCGACAUGUCUUUCAGUCAAAGUUGCAAUUUGACAACACAUCGACGGACCCACACAGGAGAGAAACCAUUUGCGUGCGAUGUAUGCGACAUGUCUUUCAGUCAAAGUUGCAAUUUGACAACACAUCGACGGACCCACACAGGAGAGAAACCAUUUGGUUGCGAUAUAUGUGACAAGUCGUUUGCUGAAAGUAGUUCAUUGACGAGUCAUCGACGGACCCACACGGGUGUGAAACCAUACGCGUGCGAUGUAUGCGACAUGUCGUUUGCUGAAAGUGGGACAUUGACGAGUCAUCGACGUAUCCACACAGGAGAGAAACCAUUUGCGUGCGAUGUAUGCGACAUGUCUUUCAGCCAAAGUGGCUCAUUUACGAGUCAUCGACGGACCCACACAGGAGAGAAACCAUUUGCUUGCGAUAUAUGUGACAAGUCGUUUGCUGAAAGUAGUUCAUUGACGAGUCAUCGACGGACCCACACGGGUGAGAAACCAUACGCGUGCGAUGUAUGCGACAUGUCGUUCAGUCAAAGUGGGACAUUGACGAGUCAUCGACGUAUCCACACGGGUGAGAAACCAUUUGCGUGUGAUAUAUGUGAUAAAUCAUUCAGUCAAAGUUGCAAUUUGACAACACAUCAACGGACCCACAUGGGUGAGAAACCAUACAUAUGCGAUGUAUGUGAUAAAUCUUUCAAUCAAAGUGGCUCAUUGACAAGUCAUCGACAAAUCCACACGUCCGAGAAUCCGUAAUGAAAUCAGUCUAUCAUUUUAUGGGAGUAAUAAUAAUGUGUUAAUCUGGUCAUGUUACCGUUUCUUAAUACUAAAUUGUUAAAUUUAGCAUUGGUCAUAUUCAUGUAUAUUAAAUUUUGUAUCGAAUUCAAUUUUUAGAAGUAAAAUUAUUUUUUGCCAGCUAUUUGGAAUUGUUUAUUGUCACGUAGGUAGGUAAAAAAAAUAUUUUUGAGUUAUACAAGUACUUUAUAAGAAAUAAAUGUGAAAUAAAUAAACAAAAUAAUUUAAAUUUUUAUUGCUUAGUUCACUAAAUUGUAUUCAAUCGAUUAGAUCCAUUUGCCAAGAGAUUUCCGAGCCCAUUACUUCAUGAUAUACUUAUAGUUACA